AGCGCAGUGGCGCAUAGGUGGUCAAACGCGUCCAAAAUUCUCUUAGGACUACCCAGUGACCCGUGCUCUGAGAUCAACCGCGCUGGCGCACAGCCGGCCCGCACACAGCUCACAAGCUGGUAGACCACUGCAGCAGCAAAUGCCAACCGAGCGCGAGCUAAACGCCGCAAUUGCAAGGCGCCAUCUCGAGGACCUUCGCGCCAUUCUCGGACGCGACAACGAAGAUAUCGAACGCCUUGCUGACCUGUGGCCGCCGGUGCCGCGAUUGACCAUCGAAGAGGAAUCGUUAGGGGGUUGAGCUAUGCGCCUCCGCCUCCUCAAAGGCGAUAUCGCCAAAUGCGGAGCCAACGCCAUCGUCACCUCGGCCAACGACGCCUUGUGCGGCAACGACCAGCCGCUCUACUGGCGCUUCACGAACCAGCGCAACGUCGACGGCGCUAUACGGAAAAUAGCCGGGCCCGGCCUCCGCGACGCUUGUUUGGCACUGCCGGAGAUCAAGCCUGUCGUCCACGAAAACGAGGAGCCGCGCGACAUAAGUCGAUGGGCCGAGACGGCCAAGAAGCGCGGCCUGUCUCGAACCUUGAGGUGCGCGCCCGGCCGCGCCGUCGCGACGCGCGCCUACGGGUUAGAUGCGGACUGGUGUAUUCAUGCCGUGGCGCCCGACUCGGAAUUUGGGUAUGAAGGGCACUACCAGGGGAAUAUUGGCAUACGAGGCGAGGACGUGCGCGCGACGUCGGUGCCGCCCGUCGCGCGGCUCCAUGCGACGUAUGUGAACGCCCUCAAGGUCUGCGCUACAAAGGACGCGAGGACGGUCGCGCUGCCGGCGCUCGGCGCCGGCGUGAAGGCCUGGCGGCCGCGCAUCGCUGCAGCGACGGCGCUGGGGGCUCUCUCCGAGUUCGACUACUCGUCGAACUUCGACGAUUUGGCGGUCGUGCUCGGCUCGGACGCGGCGAUGGUGGCGUUCACGCGCGCCUUCGAGGCGGUCCUCGGCGAAAGCGAGGACCACGCGUGGGAGCUGGAGCCGGGCCGCCUCGACGGCUUCGAGCCCGCGUCGGUCGCGCCGGAGCUCGCGCCGCGCGCGCCGCGGCCGAACAGCGGCUACGCGGGGGACCACUGGAACCCGAGCGACGCGGGGUGGCGGUAGCCAUGUGUCUGUUUGUAAAAGUACGU